CUUUAGUAUCUUCUUUAAUGCUUUAAAGCAGAACUACUAAGUCAUAAAACGCAGCGUUUUGGUCCGGAGAUCCGUUGGUCGGAAAGUAACAAUCUUUAUUGUCUACAGAAUUUGUUCGUUUCUCCGACAAACCCCACGAGAGAGAAAGAGAGAGAGACAUCGAUGGAGAAGAGCACGCAGGAGACAGUCAAGAACGAGAAAGUGAAACCGGAGAAGGAGCUGCGUGACGGAUUGAGUCAACUCAGAGACGAAGAAUCACUGGGGACUAUCGGUGAUGACAUGGAGGAUGUACAUGACGAGGCGAUACGAGAAGUACUAGCUAAGGAUCAGGUUGAAGAUGUUCGAGAAAAUUCACCUGUGGAGCCAAAUGAUCAAGAUGUAAUAGAGGUGAAGGAGACAGAUUGCGGUAAGGAAAAUGUUGCAAGUGAGGUUGUGCCGGUUGAUGAAGUUGCUGUAGAAAACCGCGAGGUGGAACCAUCUCCUACCCUGAAUGCAUCGUCAGACUCAUCAAUGGUGGAGACAUCUCUACCUUCGGAUCCUUCAGCUUCCCAAAGUCAAGGUCUACUGCUAGAGCAGAAAUCUGAUUCUCAGGUAGUCAACAACUUGUCUGUUUCUCCGCCGGUUCUGAGGACAGAUAGCGACAAGGAAGAUAUUGUAAGUGUGGUGGCUCCGGUUGAUGAAGUUGCUGUAGAAAACCUUGAGGUGAAAACAUGUCCUGCUCUGACUCCAUCGUCAGACCCAUCAAUGGUGGAGCCAUCUCUACCUUCGGAUCCUUUAGCUGCCAAAAGUCAAGAUCAAUCACUACUACAGAAAAGUUAUGAUUCUCGGGUGGUCAUGAACUUGUCGGUUUCUCCGGCUCUGAGGACACCGCCACGUGAUGGUUACAAUUGGAGAAAAUAUGGGCAGAAGCAGGUUAAGAGUCCCAAGGGCUCAAGGAGCUACUAUAGGUGUACCUACUCUGAUUGUUGUGCUAAAAAAAUCGAAUGCUCCAACGAUUCAGGAAACAUGGUAGAGAUUGUUACCAAAGGUUUGCAUAGUCAUGAACCUCCCCGGAAGAGUAGCUUCUCCCCGAGAGAGAUCAGAGCUGCAUCAGCUGUUACGCCUGUUUUAGAGGUUGAUACAGUAGUAGCAACAGUCCCUAGCGUUUCAGCUACGCCCCCUCCAACUAAAGAAAACAUCUGCCAGUCGCCAACAACCGUUGAACGGAAGAGAACUUGCGAGAACGAAGCUGUGGAAGAACCAGAGCCAAAACGGAGGUUAAAAAACGACAACACACAAAGUUCAGAUUCUGUCUCUAAACCUGGAAAGAAACAUAAACUAGUAGUUCACGCAGCUAGUGAUGUUGGGAUCUCAAGUGAUGGAUACAGAUGGCGUAAGUACGGGCAGAAAAUGGUGAAGGGGAAUCCUAAUCCGAGGAAUUACUAUCGAUGCACUUCUGCUGGUUGUCCUGUCCGCAAACACAUUGAGACAGCAGUAGGUAACACAAGAGAUGUCGUAAUCACAUACAAAGGAGAACACAACCACGAUACUCCAGUGCCAAAGAAACGCCAUGAUACUCCUAGCUCAGUGUUGUUAUCCCCAACAUCAAUGAGAACUAGGUUGGAGGUUCAGGUGAACAUUCCCUCCUCCUCAAGCCAGUGCUCGGUGGGACGAGAAAGUGAGAAGCAGAGCAGUGAAGCAUUGGAUGUUGUUGGUAGCUAGAAAGUGUGAUGGAAUAAUAGUCUUUGGAUUCGAAAAUAAAGCAAUGCUGAUUGUAUGUAUUGUAUUUUAGAGUUGAUCGACUGACUCCAUUUUCAGUCUCCUUGUUCUUGUUAUAUAAUAAAACAAAACAAAACUCAUGAAGUUGUCUAUUAACCUAUUAUUAAGAAUAAUAAUCA